AUGUCUAAACCAUUGUUCUAUUUUGCGAUUAUUUAUGGGUCAUUGAUAAGUCUCUUUGGAUCAUCAUGCAGUCUAUUUUUAUUGUUGAAAUUAAUUAAAAAAUUAAAAACAUUAAAUGGAUUUCAAAAGCUGUGCUUUAUCAGAACAAUAAACAACUCAUUGAUUUGUGGUUCUUUCUUUUUAUUCGUUAUUCCAGUCACAAGUCUUUCACUGACAUUUAGCCAAGUCAAUUACCACUUGAAUCAAAUAAUUGGCCUGGCAAUAUGUUUAUGGGCAUUUGUUCUAAGUACUGAUAAUUUUGUGGCUAUUUGUUUAUCGUGCAAUCGAUUUUAUUUUUUAUAUUUUCCAUUUGGAAUUAAAAAGCUCCAAAACUUUACUGUAACCAACUGGGCUAUAUUAAUCUCAACCAUUUUUAUUGGUUAUCUAACAGUUUUAUCAGUUCCUGAAGGUUGCGGAUGGGUCUAUGAUCCAAAUGUAUUCAUUUGGAGAGUGGAAAAGUAUCCGUGUGCGGAGAAUCUUGAGCAAGUGUAUCCUUAUAUUAUUUUCACUUCGACAAUUAUUACAAUUAGUUUUAAUUUUGCAAUUGUGUGUAUGAUUCAAGAUAUCAUGCAAUUGUUAGACACAAUUAAUGCCUUCUAUCUUUCAAAAUUCGAUGAUUCUGCCUGGUAUCGAUUUAUUUUUGCAACACUUUCUUUUGUAACAGUGACAUCACUGGAUGGAUUUGUUAUGCUUUGUUAUCACCAAAAUGUUCAUAUGAAAUAUACUGAAUGGAUAUCUAGAAGAACAAAAAAAACUAUUAUUUCACCGAAGUCAAAUACUAUUUGUGUUUCAUGA